CUGCCAGUGUCUGCUAGAGGGUCCCUCGGAACGAAACGUCAAAUCGUACGUCAAAUGGAGAAAUGUCAGAAAACAGUUGACCAUCAGAAGUCGUCACUUUAGGAUACUCUAGGUUACAUUGUACAAUAUUUCACUCUCUUCUUAGCAAACUGUGCAACAUGAACGAUUAUGGGAUUCCGAUGAUCGAACCUACCGUUGACUUUACUAAGGUCCCGCCGAUUCAUCAAAAAAGAACUAUAACGUUCGUUAAUCAUUUUAUUGUACAUACGGUAACAUUUUUGAACAAGUUCGCUCUAUCCUGCGAGGAAAAACUGUUUGAGUUUGAGAAUAAAUUGCAAAAAGUUGAAGCGUCGCUAGGAAUCCUUGAAUCUAGGCUCGCGUCGAUACCAGAGAUUGACUUUCCAACAAAGACAGAGUCUUCACCAAUCACUGAAUCAAGUGAUCAAGAACAGAAAACGGUGGAACAAGACCAGACAAAUGAGAUUGAAGCGGUGAAAGCUGAGUUGAUUGAUGAAAAAAGUGAAAUUAGUAACACGCAACCCAUCAGUAAAGAUCCACGAUAUGCAAAAUUCUUUAAAAUGCUUCAGUUUGGCGUACCUGCGCAGGCUGUCAAACUGAAAAUGAAACAAGAAGGUCUAGAUCCACUUUUGCUAGAGGGCAAUGUACUGGGAAAGGGUGAAAUGCUGUUACAAAAAUGUCAAACAAUCUUCAUAGACCCGCUGUAGCCUUCUUUUCAGUUUGUCAAUCCUGAUCAGUUGGUUCCAAUAACGGAAAUAGUUGAGACAAAUACAACUACUGAUGAGGAUGAUGCUUGAUAAUAAACUGAAGAGUAAAGGAAGUAUGCAUAUGAAACAGUAAGGUACAAAGAGUAUUCACAGCGCUCACGAAGUAAAAUUUUUGUCAUGUUGGAAAAAUUUUGACAGACCCAGUUGAUAGAAAAGAAAAGAAAACGUAAUAUAUGCAUUGUUGUUUGAUAUAACCAUUUAGUAAAUAAACACAUUUCAAAUCUUGAACGAUUUAUUUUAUUUUUUUGUUUGUAUAGUUACAAUCUUAAACGCAAGGUUUAGAACUGGAUCAUCUGGCCCUGUAAACAGAAAACAAAAUAUUCUGCAAUUGGUUACUGGUUUAAAUUAAUUUUUAUACGCGUUACUUCCAUUCGGUUUAAGUGCGUUAGUUGUGGGUAAAAUUCCUAGGGACAAAUAUCUCAAACUCUCAUCAGACUAAUAUCGAUAAAUGUUUCAAUCGCUUUUGAAAUACCACCAUAUGGAAUUUCGAGACUUGUUUCAGAUUAUUUAAAUGGCACAAAGACUUAAACAAGUUUGAACUGUUUCGAAUCAAUUUCCACACAUCUCAGCACCGAAUAUAAAAUGAUCUAGAUGCACUAGGUUUUGAAAAACCCACCUUCCUCUUCUUAUCACCUCCCAGCUCGAAAUGUUUGCAACGUUUAAGUGGGAUUUGCUUUCUGUACUUGCACUCAGUGCAUUCCAUCCUUAGCACAAUUUUCUUGGUUGUCUUAGC